AUGUUUGUCUUCAAGCGUGAUGGACGCAAGGAACGCGUGCAAUUCGACAAGAUCACCGCACGAGUAUCGAGGUUGUGUUACGGACUUGACCCUGAUCAUGUCGAUCCCGCUGCCAUCACAAUGAAGGUCAUCUCUGGUGUAUACCAGGGCGUGACCACGAUCCAACUUGAUGACUUGGCCGCUGAAACCGCUGCAUACAUGACCACCACACAUCCAGACUACGCCAUCCUCGCCGCCCGUAUAGCCGUGUCAAAUUUGCACAAGCAGACCAAGAAGCAAUUCUCUGCUGUUGUGCACGACUUGUACAGCUAUGUCAAUCCCAAGAAUGGCAAGAGCCAGCCCAUGAUCUCGGAUAAGGUCUACAAGAUCGUCAUGGCUCACGCCGACGAGCUCAACUCGGCCGUCGUUUACGACCGUGACUUCAACUACCAAUUCUUUGGAUUCAAGACUCUGGAGCGCUCCUACCUCCUCCGCAUCAAUGGCAAGGUUGCCGAACGCCCACAACACAUGAUCAUGCGUGUUGCGGUUGGCAUCCACGGGGAGGAUAUCGAAAAGGCGAUUGAGACAUACGACUACAUGUCGCAAAAGUACUUUACACACGCCUCGCCGACACUGUUCAACGCAGGCACUCCAUCUCCCCAAAUGUCAUCCUGCUUCCUCAUCGACAUGAAGGAGGACAGUAUCGAUGGUAUCUACGACACCCUCAAGACGUGUGCAUUGAUCUCCAAGACUGCUGGCGGCAUUGGUCUCAAUGUGCACCGCAUUCGUGCUACUGGUUCAUACAUUGGUGGCACAAACGGUACUUCGAAUGGUUUGAUUCCUAUGCUACGGGUCUACAACAACACGGCUCGCUACGUCGAUCAGGGUGGCAAUAAGCGUCCUGGUGCUUUUGCUAUUUACCUUGAGCCCUGGCACGCCGAUGUCUUUGGAUUCUUGGAUCUCCGCAAAAACCACGGCAAGGAAGAAGUUCGCGCCCGCGAUCUCUUUUACGCACUAUGGAUCCCAGAUCUAUUCAUGAAGCGCGUCCAAGAGAACGGCGAAUGGACACUCAUGUGCCCCAAUGAAUGCCCAGGCCUCGCUGAUGUCUAUGGGGAUGAGUUUGAGGCACUCUAUGAAAGCUAUGAAAAGAAGGGCAAGGGUCGCGAGACCGUCCGCGCGCAGAAGCUCUGGUACGCCAUUCUCGAGGCUCAGACUGAAACUGGUAACCCCUUCAUGCUCUACAAGGAUGCAUGCAACCGCAAGAGCAACCAGAAGAACCUGGGAACCAUCCGCAGCUCCAACUUGUGUACUGAAAUUAUCGAAUACACCGCUCCUGAUGAGGUCGCCGUGUGCAACUUGGCCUCGUUAGCGCUCCCAUCAUUCGUCGACUACAAGCGUGGCGAGUUCGAUUUCAAGAAGCUCCACGAAGUCACUCAGGUGGUCACCCGCAACCUGAACAAGAUCAUUGAAGUGAACCACUACCCGGUUGAGGAGGCACGUCGCAGCAACUUCCGCCAUCGUCCCAUCGGUAUGGGUGUCCAAGGUCUCGCCGAUGCAUUCCUUGCCCUCCGUCUGCCAUUCGAAUCACCUGAGGCCAAGAAGCUCAAUAUUCAGAUAUUUGAGACCAUUUACCACGCUGCCCUCACUUCAUCGUGUGAUAUUGCAAAGGAGCUUGGUCCAUACGAAACAUAUGCGGGCUCGCCAGUCUCUCAAGGUAUCCUCCAGUACGACAUGUGGAAUGUCACUCCCACGGACCUUUGGGACUGGGCUGCUCUGAAGGAGAAGAUUGCUCAAUACGGUGUUCGCAACUCACUUCUGAUUGCACCCAUGCCUACAGCAUCCACUUCCCAGAUUCUCGGCAACAAUGAGUGCUUCGAGCCAUACACAUCCAACAUCUACUCUCGCCGUGUGCUUGCUGGUGAGUUCCAGGUCGUGAACCCAUGGUUGCUCAAGGAUCUUGUCGACAUGGGUCUGUGGUCUGAGAAUAUGAAGAACCGCAUAAUCGCCGAAGGUGGUUCCAUUGCCAGGAUCCCUAAUAUCCCCGAGGAGACCAAGACAUUAUACAAGACCGUCUGGGAGAUCUCUCAGCGAACCAUUAUUCAAAUGGCAGCCGACCGCGGUGCCUUCAUCGACCAGUCCCAGUCCCUCAACAUUCACAUGAAGGAGCCGACCAUGGGUAAGAUCACCUCUAUGCACUUCGCUGGAUGGAAGCUUGGCCUCAAGACUGGCAUGUACUACCUGCGCACCAUGGCUGCAUCCGCACCCAUUCAGUUUACUGUCGACCAAGAGGCUCUCCAGGUCGCAGACACCAACGUUGCCCGUGCUCUACCAAAGGUCCGCAAGCAACCUGGUUUCCAAAACUCUCCCGUUACUGCCUCGCAAACACCAUCUUCGGCACCACGGCCAAUGUAUGCGACCAAGGCACCGAACGGUGCUGCCGAUGUGCCAACACCAGUUGCCACACCCCCUCCGACUGCCGAGGUGAGCAAGGGCGCACACGUCGAGAAUGCUCUCGCGUCGAAGCCAUUCAAGGCUGACGCAGAGGAGGCCGAGAGCCCAAAGGUGCUCGCAGCUGAUGCUGCCAGCAAGCCAGACGACGAGGUCGCUGCAAAGGCCAAACAAGAUGAGGAUGCAGAUGGUGAUAGCGCCACACGGGACGGUGAUAUCUACGCUGAUGCUGUCCUGGCUUGCUCGAUAGAGGACCCAGAAUCGUGCGUCAUGUGCAGCGGUUAG